AUGGGGCAGGAAAAUAGUAAGCAGACCUUUGAAGAGUCACUUGUAGAAAGACUAAAAAGCAAAGGCGUUAAGGUGGUACUACAACAAGUACAGAGGUUCUUAAAGUUUGUAGAGGAAUUGUGUCCCUGGUUUCCUGAAUAUGGGAAGCUGAAUGAGGAUUCCUGGGAGAGAGUUGGAGUUGAAAUUAAAAAAGGCUAUGAAAAACACGGGCCAGAAAAUAUUCCCGUGGAAGCCCUUGGCCUGUGGGCAUUAAUCCGGGAUAAUUUAGAUCCUAACCCUGAAAAGCAGGAGGGAUCAUUCCCUAAGGAAGAUGAGGUGGAGACACAACCCUCUGCUCCGCCAGCAGAACCUGAAAACCCUUGUACAGCACCGCUUAAACAGGGUCCGGUUUCUCUUGGCCAUGACGCUAAGUUUAAGGAACAAAAAUCUUGGAAUAAGACAAGGGAGGAACUGAAAAACUUGAAAAGCCUAGUAACUUCUCUUACUCAAAAAAUAGAAACUCUCCAAGUCUCUCCUCUUCCCUCUGUAGGGGUGGAACUAGACUCACCUGGGGAGGCGUCUUUUAGAAUGGAAAAGCCACCUGUAAUUGCCGUAGCACAGAGAUCCUCUGAGGCAAUGCGAACCCUCUCUGUUAAAGCUACAUCUCUUCAAGCUAGCCUCCGGGAAGCUGCUAGUAAGGGGGAAGAAAUUCAAGGCUUUCAAAUGUUCCCUGUCCUGGAAGAGCAGGACCGCCAGGGUAAUAUCGUAAGAGUGCAUGUUCCCAUUCCUUUCAAACAGCUUAAGGAGUUAAAAACAGCAUGUAGUCAGUAUGGCCCAACUGCUCCUUUCACAACAGCAUUGUUAGAAAGCCUGGCUUUAGAAGUUUUGCCCCCGAGUGAUUGGAAACAAAUGGCUCGAGCAUGUCUAUCUGGAGGUGACUAUCUGCUGUGGAAAAGUGAGUUCGUGGAACAGUGUCAGGCCACAGCUGAAAUAAAUCGGGCACAACAGAUUCCUAUCACCUUUGAUAUGCUCGCUGGGGAAGGCCCAUAUUGA